ACAUUUUCCAAAUUAUGUACACAUCACUAUUCAGAGAUAUUAUUACAAUCGGUUUUGAAAAAGUUUUUUCUAUAUAUUAUAAUAAUUAUGUAGUGUUGGAACGUUUUUUAUAUGUAUAUACAUUUCAUAUUUCUAUUAUAAAAUUAAGAAACGAAAAAAUACGUUAAUUUGAAAUGGAUUUUCGCACGAUGGAAAACGAAAAUAUGCCACCUUUAUCAAAUCCUACUGAACUGCCUUUGCCCAAGUAUCCAAUUUGGACGAUUGAAUAUUUUCAAAAGUAUUUUGAUGUCACUUCAGAAGAUGUACUAGAACGUAUUAAAGGAGCUCUGAUACCCACUUAUGGAGUGAACUACUUGCAACGCUACAUUAGAGCUAAACCUGAUGUUUAUGGCCCAUUCUGGAUAUGUUUGACUUUAGUGUUUUCUAUUGCCAUCAGUGGAAACGUAGCUAAUUACAUUCAAGUAGCUGCUGGCCAUGACUACCAUUGGAAGUAUAAUUUUCAUGCUGUUUCUUCAGCAGCUACAGCAAUAUUUUCAUAUGCUUGGUUAUUACCACUAGUAUUGUGGGUAUUUGUUACGUACAAAGAACCACAGUUCAACCUCAGCUACUUGGAACUGUUGUGUCUAUAUGGAUACUCUCUAUCAAUAUUUGUACCAAUUUCCAUUCUAUGGGUAAUACAGAUUAACUGGUUGCAAUGGCUUUUGGUCGCAGCUGGCACAUUGGUGUCAGGUUAUGUUAUUGUAUCUUCAAUUGUGCCUUCUUUAGGACAGAAACCAUUUGCUUUUAUAUUUUUAAUAAUAAUUUUACACUUGUUUAUGGGAACUGGAUUCAUGUUGUACUUUUUCCAUGUCCCUCCUAUUCAGAAAUCUUAACUACAUUUAUAAAUUUUUAUUAUAUUCACAUGUUUAUGUAUAGUAAUAUAAUAUAAUAAUAGUGUAUA